UUGAUCGGAGGAGGACGGAGGCGGUAAUAAGGUGGUCGACGGUGCUUUCGGAUGAAUUCCUAGGAGGAGAGAGGCUGCGGGCGGAGCCGGGUGCUGAUCGUUCGGGCGGAGCUUGGAUCGCAGGGUGCCGCCUACCUCACCACCGUCGCCUUUUCUCCCUCUUCGUGGUCGUCUCUCACCCUGUGCGUCGAGUGGCGCGCGCUCUCUCCUGGCGUCCCGCGGCUCCGCGACGCGGACGAUCGAGCUCGUGAGCCGCGAAGCGUCGGGGGUGGGGGCCGAAACGAGGAGCCGACCGCCGGUGGCGCGGGUCAGUCUGUCGGGCAACCGGUCGCUCUCUCGUUUCUCGCUCUGUCCGCGCUCUCCGCUCGACUCGAGCGCUCUCCACGCUCGCGGGAACCGAUAUACGCGCCGAUAUCGCGACCAUAAUCGAACACGACUCGCCGACGCCGACGUCUCGUCCAGUGCCACCACCCAGGUCUUUCGUCCUCGCUUCAGUGUCCGUCGUCGUCGAUUGUUUCCAUUCGAGUGCUCCAACUUUUGCCGGGCUCGAGGAAUUGCCGAUCGUCGCGAAUCGGAAGGGGCACGACAUCGCCGGAAGUCGGGGUGCUCGUAUUCCACGGAAAUAUCGUGCGCGGAAACGCUGCUGGGAUCACCGUCGCUGCGACUCGUCCGCGGAAUCCGAUACAUCGAGGUGUCGUCGCGAUGCGCGCGCGUCAUCGCGCCCCUCGAGCCUCGACGUAACGAGUCGCGUCAUCGUUCGUCACCUGGGGUGUCUUCGUUGCCUCGAUUCGGCCGCGGAGUCGUCUACCAGGACGGGAGACCCGAUCAUCCGAGAGGAUGUCGAGGAUUCCUCUCAGAAGGAUCGGCGGAACGAGUGUUGUUGAAACGAAUCGGCACCGAAGACUGGCCCGCGCGAAUCCAGCGGUCAGCUCGUUUCGAUAAUAGUCGGAUCAUAGACGCGCUAGGUACGAAAGGCAGAGGGCGAGGUGAUGUUGCUGGAGUCGCGAGGCCUCGCCGGUAGGAAGAGAAACGGAUUGACGCUGUCUUCGUUCGGGGGUGGCGGCGUCGGCGGAGGAGCUGGAGGCGGAGGUGGAGGAGGAGGAGGCGGCGGCGGAGGAGCCGGCAGCGAGGAGGACGACGAGGAAUCUCGACAUCUGUUUCUUGGAAGAAAAAUGCAGGCUGAGGGCACCGCCGCCUCCACGGUUUCCACCGGCUUGUCGUCCGGUUGCACCCGCGACGACGGCGACGAGAGCUCCAGCCCCUCGCCUAACAGCAGCCUCUUGAACAACUUGAACAACAAUUGCAAUUCGAACCGUCAGUGCGCCACCGAUUUCAGCAUCGCGGCCAUCAUGGCUCGAGACUCUCGACAGCAGCAGCAGCAGCAGCAGCAGCAGCAGUCGCAGGCGUCAGCGGCGCAGCAGAGCCAGCAACAGCUACAACAGCCGCACCAUCGUCAACAGUUGCAGCAACAGGCCGUCGGCGGCGGGAAACUGCAUCAACACGAGAGGGAACCGAGCGUCUCUGGCGUCGUCCGCGGUGCCCCGGCGAUUCAAGAAUCGAUCGUAGCGGAAGACGACCCGGAGACGGACGACACCGGAAGUACGAGCGGGAAAGCAUCGUCGCCUGUCAAUCCCCUACUCCAGGAGCGGUCCAACUGCGAGGAGCUGAGGCACGUGGUGUGUCAUCUCGAGACGAAAGACUUGUGGGACAAAUUCAACGAGUUGGGCACCGAGAUGAUCAUCACGAAGACUGGAAGGAGGAUGUUCCCGACGUGCAGGGUGUCGUUCAACGGAUUGAAGCCGGACAGUCGAUACGCGGUACUGAUGGACAUCGUCCCGGUGGAUAACAAGAGGUAUCGAUACGCUUAUCACAGGAGCUCCUGGUUGGUAGCUGGAAAGGCUGAUCCCCCGGCGCCGGCGCGUCUCUACGUGCACCCGGACUCGCCUUUUACGGGCGAGCAGCUACGAAAGCAGGUCGUCUCCUUCGAGAAAGUCAAGCUCACCAACAAUGACAUGGACAGGCACGGUCACCUGGUGUUGAACUCGAUGCACAAAUACCAGCCGAGGAUCCACCUGGUGAAGCGACCGGACUCGGGCACGGCCAAGCCGAUAACGGACCUCGAGAAGGAGCCUCACAAGACCUUCAUAUUCCCGGAGGCCAUAUUCACCGCUGUCACCGCCUAUCAGAAUCAACUCAUCACCAAGCUCAAGAUCGACAGCAACCCGUUCGCGAAGGGCUUUCGGGACUCGUCCCGUCUCACAGACUUUGAGAGCUUCCCUUUCAGGGAGACGAUGGAGUCGAUGUUGGCGGAACAGCAGACGUUGAGGUUUCCCCAUCGACUUCCUUUCGAGAUGGACCAGCUGCAGGCGGGCGCGUUGAGCAACCUCAGCCUCGAGGAGAAGGCGCUCUGGGCAGCUAGGUCUCAGAUGUUGUUGCGCGCCGCGGCUGCAGUGGCGGUCAGUCCUUACGCUCAGCUCGUGGGUCCCGCUUUGGUCUACCCUGGCGCGUCCCCCGCGGGUACCAGUCAUCAACAGCAGCAGCAGCAGCAGCAUCAGCAGCAACAGCAGCAGCAACUCGGCCAUCUGUGGUGGGCCUCGUCGAUCGGGCCGACCCUGUUCGCCGCAGCCCAUCAUCAACAGCAGCAGCAGCAGCAGCAGCAGCAGCAGCUGGCAGCCUCCAGCUCGCAGAAUCCGACGACGACGGGCCCGGCAGCCCCUCGUCCCCUUUAUCCUUCUGCUCUGGCCCUGGCGCAUCAUCGAUUCUCGCCUUAUCACACAGCUCCCGCCACUCCCAAGUCCUCCACCCCUGUCGGACCAUCCCUCUCGCCCGCCAGGAGGGCGACACCCUCGCCCACCGAUAGUCUCGGCAGGGACGCGCAGGACCUCUCGCCCUCGUAGUCGCCAUAGCGUCCCGACGACCGGGUCCCCGCGAGAAUCGAAACCUCUCGACUUCGCGACGCUCUCGAUCGUCGCUCCAACAACUCGGGACCACUCGCGCUCGCUCAUCGACGUUUCGUUCGCCCUGGGAAAGUCCCGACCCGGUGCUUCCCGACGUUUCCGAGUUACGACAUCGUCGCGAAAGGCUAACAUUUCCACGGCUUACGUUCUCGAUCGGCAGAGAUCCACGCGAUCAAAGUCAACCAUCCGUUAGCCACGUUCCAGGCUUUUCACGUUGGGAAGCACCGGGAUAGUAGACGCCUGUCCGCGACGCUGUCGUCGACUUGGAUCGCGCGCGAUGACGAAACACUGGGAGGACCGAUGAAAUCUCUGCCAGCCCGGUGAAUAGCCGCGGUAAUUGUGGUAUUAUCGUCGGCUCGACGACGGAGAAAAGAAGCCCCUUUGACCCCCGACGGUCGGUCCUUCCGCGUGACUAGUCGAUCUCGAGGUGCCUACGACAGUCGCGACCCGAAAGACGCUGGACCGAACGCUCGGCGCAGUGGCGUAUCGUACCUUCGCGGGCCCGAUAUCAAAUUGUCGACUGAAAUUUUUCGUUUCGAACUGAUUUUUAGAAACAUAUCAUCGACGUCGGCCAAGUAAGUAUUUAUUAAAUUCGUACCGAGUUGCUCGAACAAAGAAACUUAUUAAUUCUGGCUUAAAGUUGCGUUUGGGAUAAUUUUGACCCGCGAGAGACCGCGAAGAGUUGAAUUGACUUACACGUGACACGUGUACCCGUGUAUCGCAUCGUACGUGUUCCAGGCGAGAGCUCCGGUACAAAUGACAAUAACGAGUUCGCCCGUAGGAUGAUGCGCCACUGGUCCGGUGUAAUUCGCGAGCACAGACGCAUUUCGUUUCGUCGAUCGCGUUUUUCUUUCCACGGAUUUACCGAGUUUUACGAACAGACGCGAAGGAAUAAUCGACGAUUUGUCCGACGCGUCGGGAAACAGAAACAAGGACGCGCUGUACAUACGAUCGCCGAUCAAUCCUGAGAGGCAGCAACCGGCCGACUAAAUACAGCACGUAUAUGCAUUCUUAAAACGAUACAUUGUACGGCGACGUCUAAUGUAUAUAGUUAUAUAUAGGUAUGGAUUCUACUACAGGCCCUAGGUAACAUCGGCUCCGUUCGUGUAAUAUAAGUUGUAUAUUUCCGUAUCAUGACUUACCGUUAUCGUUAUUUAUGUUCCGACUCCGUACUCGACGUGGAAAAACGCGCAAAGCGCGCCCGGACGCUCCGGAGUUGGGCAAAAUUCUUAAAAGGAUAUCAUCGAGUAAUCAAGAUGCCUCGUUUCGUCUGUUACUGGUUGGGUAGAAACGGUGUUGGGCGUAAUCGUAAUUAUGAUUACGAUUAUGCCCGACACCGGGUAAAAAUUGAAGCUCGAAUCGUAGAAUUAAAUUAUUUAUUCGCAUCGAACGAAAACGAAAGCUUGUUUGAAUAACUAUUUGACCGCGUGGACGCCGCGUUUAUUCGUUAUCUAUUGUUCGAUUUAAAUGUUGCCCAUCUCUGGAACAGUUUAUCGGGACGGGGAUCGUUCGGCGUUAUCCGAAAAUAACGCGUGGCGCUUUGCGCCUUUUCCGCGAUAGCUUAAUCGACGAUUAUCGUCGCCGCGGGGCGAUUAGCGUUAGCGUAGACCGUUGUAUCGUUGAUGCUUGUGUUGCGAAGAUGAUGCGUACCUAUCGCUGUGCAAGCUGCUCCCUUGUAAAUAAACCCUAAUAAACUCUUGUACCGAGCCUAACUGCUCGUUCGUGCCAGCCUACGAUUUCCUAUCUCCGCCCCUUUUCCACUUCCCCUCGAGGAGAAAUCAAGGAGUACGCGCGCGUGGAUCUCGAUUACGCGUGGACGUAAGCUACGGAGCCUUUCUCGUCGGCUAUCCUCGAAACCGGCGAUGUUCGGGGACGGGCCGCUUCCGGUGAAAAUCAACUUUCCAAAAUCGAACGUUCCCUCGUUCGCCAG